UAGCGAGGACAUACAUGCUCUCUGUGAACUUGUCAGUCACUGCAGGAGAAAAAACAAGACACAAGAGCGUGAUACACAUAGGCACAGUUAGAAAUUAAAACAUUUAGCUGCGUGAAACAGGGAAGUUGCACGACUCCCUUGACGUUUAAGAUAGCAUUAGCUUCGCGGCUAAUCGAAGCUAAAACAGAUUUAGCAAUGAUGAGGUGAGUAUUCCUGCUGUUUUACUCGGCAAGUGUUUACCUCGCCGGACUUUCAGUUGCAUCUCUUGGUCUUCCAUUUGUCACAGUGCUCGAUUCGGUCAAAAACCGGUGACACGGUGCAGCUUCAACGAGUUGUGUCAGCUGAUUCUUGUUUUUUCCGUGUUUUUGUUGUUGUGUGCUACCGCGGUAGUACUCCGGGUAGAACAAUGUAUCGCGAAAAAGAACGGUUCUUCCUUCAAAGAGUACAGAAUGCUGUGAAACGUCGCGUUAGUUAAAUCAAACGUGUUUCCAGUUCUCGUAAAUAUAUGGGAUAAAAUGAAUUGCUCAUCAACUGAGAGAUGACUCUUGCACAGGGGUACACUUCUGUGUCCAGAAAUCUCCAGCGUGUGGAAUGAAAUAAUUUACUUUCAGUUUUUCCGAAAGGAAGUUAGGGCCGAUUAGACUGCGAGGCUGGAUGCGGUGAGUCGAUCAUGUAAUUAGCUCCACAAACUUUGUUUCUUCUUCUCAAUACAUGUACGAUAUUUAUUUAUUAGUUCUUGCCUCGGUCGUUGCAGUGGUCAUGGAGGCCGGAGAUGAUGAAGAGGUUGUAGAGAUACAAAUUAUCCAACCAUCCACUGCCAAUACUUGUCCCUCCGAGUCAAGAGAUGAGGGUUCCAAUGGUAUCUGUACUUCUAAUGUUUCAUAUUAGUUACACAAGUGCAUGCAGUCACUCUCUUACCGUAGCCUAUUUCAUUUUUUAUACAAUAUCAUUAGUUCCUUUUGUAUUUUUCAUUCUAAUCUGUUAAACUGUAACUCUUUGUGGUUUAUCUGAAUGAUCCAGUGUCUCCAGAGGGCAUGGAUGCGGAUGAAGAAAGUUUGUUCAAACACUCCACCACCCUGACCAACAAGCAGCGUGGGAAUGAAGUCACAGUGCGACCAGCAACAUUAGACUGUAAGUAGGCUACUGGUAAAGACACAGUACACUGGCGUUGUGUCGUUUGCAAACGAUUCGUUAAAAAAGGAACGAAUCUUUUCAGUGACCAUACUGAACCGAAUCACUUCCUCGAUUUCAUUUCAUUUGAGUUGAGUUGAAGUGAGAAACAGCAUGGCCAGGCCAGUAGCUGGCGAACGAGGGACUGCAUGUUCGCCAAUUUACCAAGCAGACCGGAUAAAUAGCAUACCAGAAGACAGUGUACUUAAAACAUCAUGCCUUAUAAACAAGUUCAUUUUUAAAACCCUGUUUGCCAAAGCAACACAGCCAAACACUUGUCUCCCUGUCCCAGAAGCUAUGAAUUGAACUGAAUCCUGAACCGUUCAGCUGUAUAUCGGUUCAGGAGGUCGAAGUCGCAGGCUUCUCCCACCAGGCGCUACAUGAUUCUGUGAUUUGGUGAACGAAUCUUUUUAGUGAACUGAUUCUAGUGAUUCAGUACAUCUAAAAGAACUGCCUUGUCCAUCACUACAGUACACUGGUGACCAGGACUUCGAAUAUAUAAAUAAAGCAAAUCAUGAUGAAAUCAGUGCCAUGAAUCUAAUAAAUAACUCAGACUUUUUUUUUCCCAAUCAGCUCUCUCAAUACACCAGUUGGCAGCUCAGGGUGAGGUUUCACAAGUGGCUGGACACUUGAGUAGAGGUGAGAAGUCGGCAUGUAACUGUCAAGACAUCAUGCACUGUAUGUACAACACAAUUGUAAGUGAGAUGUACUCCUCAAUUUUUUAGAUGGCUCGCUGCUCAGUAAACAGGAUGAACGGGGCUUUACACCCUUAAUGUGGGCAGCUGCGUUUGGAGAGAAAGCAAUGGUAGAUUUCCUCUUGGAAAAGGUAAGAAAGAAGCUUCUGCAGUCCAGACAGAAAUGAACAUGUUAAAACAAAAUGCGCUAACUGAUGCCCUUUAUUUAUCUGUUUUAAUUGUAGGGUGCAGAUCCUAAAACAAUAGCAAGAGAGAGGGAGAGUGCCCUGACUCUGGCCAGCUCUGGAGGUUAUGUGGAUAUCGUGGAGUCUCUUCUGAGACAUGGAGUUGACAUCAACACUUAUGACUGGGUACACAAUGACAUUGUUAGAUAAAGUUCAUUAACUGUAGCAAGUUAAUUAGGUUACAAAGAUACUAUAAAUGUGUAGAAAUUGAAGUGCAGCUACUACAUGAUACUUUUUAAUGAUUAUUCUUGUAUUUAAAACAGAAUGGUGGCACUCCUCUCCUUUAUGCAGUGCGUGGGAACCACAUUAAAUGUGUAGAAGCACUCUUGGGUAAAUACCAAUUAAAUCCUUAUUUACAUAGCAUUGUCAUAAAGUCUAGAGAAUACUUAAAUAAUCCCCUAAACUGCACUGUUUGCAGCCAAAGGGGCAGACAUGACCGUUGAGUCAGACUCUGGGUACAGUCCCAUGGCCUUAGCUGUUGCCCUCGGACACAAGAAGCGUAUGCAUUGUUUUCUUUCAGCAGUUAUAUAACAUAAGUUUCCUUUUCAUUUUAAGUGAAUGUAACAGAUGUGAGCUGUACUGAAUCAACUUUUUCAUUUCUUUUGUGUUCUAGUUCAGAAAGUGUUGGAGGACCAUAUUCUGAAACUCUACAAGCAACCAACAUGACACAACCUUAAAUAAGAAUGGACACAGUUGUUCUCAGAUCUUCAUCAGGCUGUCAGAUGGUGGUGGUGAGAAGACCAAGACUUCUGUCAAAAAAUUUAAUUAAUUUGAUUAUGAUAGACCAUCCAAUAUGCAUAGAAAUUAACACUGAGUAAACAGUGUGUUUUUAAUUUUGUAUGAAUAGUUUAUUCCAUUUGUAUACAAUGUAAAAUCAAGCACUAAAAUACAAAAGUUGUGCGGCAGAAUUUUACUGUCCGAAUGAGGAACGAUACUUUUCAAUAAAGAUAUAUUUUUAUACCAUGUGUUCCACUGGACAGGUGCAUCAAUUAAAGGCACAUGAUAAAUAGAGAGAAUGUGAAGAAGUCCAUUAAAUUUGUAAUAAUACCCGA